CUCACACCUUCCGGGAACCUUCCCCUCACCUUCCCGCCCGCUCCGGCAUUGCGGCGGGCUAUAUAAGCCGGUCGACCCCUCGUCCUCUCGAGCCAAAACACACCCACACAUCCACCCCCUCUCCCUCUCCAUCUCCUUCUCCUUCCUCCAGCUCGAGGAAAUUGAUACGCCGAGGAGGAGGAGAAAGCGAAAGGAACUCUUGUUUGUUUGCAUUCGGGAAGUGACGCCGGCGAUCGAGAUGGCGGCGCACAAGCGGCUCCACGACGGGUUCGAGCAGGACGCCGACCAGCCCGAGAAGAAGCGGAUGGAGCGCUCGGUCUCCUUCUCCACGGUGAUCAGGGAGGCCAUGGUGAUGAAGCAGGUGCAGAGUGUGUUCCUCGUGCUGGAGCCUCUCCUCCGCAGAGUGGUGCAAGAGGAGAUCCAGGCGGGGCUGGUGCGUAGCCCGCGCUACAUCGAGAGGUCGUCGCCGGAGACGCCGUCGCCGUCAGCACAGCCGCCGGCGUGGAGGCUGGAGUUCCUGCGCCCGCCGAUGCUGCCGAUCUUCACCGGCAGCACGAUCGUGGACGUGAAGGGCGAGCCGCUCCAGGUCAUCCUCGUUGACGCGGACACCGGCUCGCCCUGCGGCGCGCUCCCGCAGUUCAUGCGCGUCGAGCUGGUGCCGCUCUUCGGCGACUUCGCCGCGGACGGCCGCGACGAGUGGACGGCCGGCGAGUUCGCCCGGAACAUCGUCAAGGAGCGUGACGGGAAGCGCCCGCUCCUCACCGGCGACGUCGGCCUCGGCAUGCGCGACGGGCGCGCCGUCGUCAACGACCUCCAGUUCACCGACAACUCCUCCUGGGUCCGCUGCCGCAAGUUCCGCAUCGGCGCGCGCGUGGCGCCGGGCGGCUACGACGGCGGCAGGGUCGCCGAGGCCAUGACCGACGCCUUCAACGUCCGUGACCACCGCGGCGAACUGUACCGGAAGCACUACCCGCCGGCGCUCGGCGACGAGGUGUGGCGGCUGGAGAAGAUCGGCAAGGUGGGGGCCUUCCACCGGAAGCUGCGGGAGCACGGCGUGGAGACGGUACAGGAGUUCCUCCGGAUGCUCACCGUGAAGCCGGACGUGCUCCGCGCCAUAAUGGGCGACGGCAUGACCGACCGCAUGUGGGAGGCCACCACGAACCACGCCAAGACGUGCCACGCCGGCGACAAGGUGUACGCGUACGCCGGGCAGCACGGCGCCGUCGUCUACGUCAACUCCAUCCACCAGCUGGUCAGGCUCGAGUUCGCCGGCGUCGAGUGCGCGGCGCAGCAGCUGAGCAGGGACCAGAAGGCGUACGUGCAGCAGCUGUACGUGGAGGCGUUCGAGCAGCGGGCGAAUCUCCUGGAGGCCGAUCCCCCCACCGCCAUGCCCAUCCACGCCAGCACCAGCACCAGCACCAGCACCAACAGCCUCCCAAUGCUGCAGAACGCAUCGCCGGUCGCGCCUCUUUCGGCCAACCCGAUCUGGUACCAGGGCACCCCGGGGAUGGACUUCCAGAUCGUCGACCAGAAUGACAGCUUCAACUUCCAGAUGGACUUUCAGAACAACUUCGGCUAAGAUGCAAGAGGAGGAGGAGGGCAGAGUUUCAGAUGUGUACAUUAACCAUUACCACUACUAUCUAUCUAUCUAUGCAAGAAUGUGUGUCAGUGUUCAGUUCAGUUCAGUUAGUCCAAGGCUAGGUGGACAUGAGCGGCCCUCGCCGCCCGCCGAGCAUGUGCUCAAGCAUCCGCGGGCGGCGACAAAGAGGCGGUCGAGUGAAAUUCUUUGGUUUAUUCGUAUGCUUUGUUGUAGUUUCAUCAUCUUCUCCUGCAAUGCAAAGUUGUAGGGCGUGUGUUGGUUGGUUGGUUUGGCGUCCAUGGUGACGGUGUCCCUUGUAAUGUAAUGUUGGGGGUGGCAACUUCACCUUUUUCUAGCAUUUCCACAAGUUUUUGGGGUCUUGUAAAUUCCAAGUCUCAAUAAAGGGAGCAAGCAAUUGCCUU